AUGGGUGGGCCCUCGAACGCGGCACCGGAGAUUGAUCCUCCGCCAGCUUCUUAUGCACCACCUCAGCCGCCUAUGGGUUUUGACAACCCUAUCCCGACUUACCCAGGUUCUUCUGGGUAUAAUCCUUUUGAAAACACAUCGGGAUAUCCAUCAGACUAUGGAAACCAGGAUCCCUACCUUACCGCUACUCAAUACCAUCACCUUUACCCUUCUUCUUACCCUCAAGUUCAUCCAACUGGAUACCCAGUGCAGGGUUAUCAAUAUCGGCCAUACCAGCAACCUCCUCCUCUCCAGCAGCUACAGCAGCUGCAGCAGCAAACUCAGGAAAUCCUGGAGAGGUUAGAUAGGGUUGAGCAGAAAGCUAGGAAAAAGGAGAAGGAGCAUAGUAGCUUCAUGAAGGGCCUUGCAAACGUUAAUAAAGGCAAGAAGAAGUAG